AUGGAAGGCGAAGGAGACAUCGAAGGAGACUCUGUGCUGCAGAAGACGAUUCCACUGGGCCCAAUCGAUUCAGGACGAGCCCGAUUCCCUUGUUGCAUCGUGUGGACGCCUCUGCCUUUCAUCUCCUGGCUCAUACCUUUCAUCGGCCAUGUCGGGAUCUGCAGAGAAGACGGUGUCAUCCUCGACUUCGCCGGUCCCAAUUUCGUCUCCGUCGAUAACUUCGCAUUCGGGGCGGUCGCCCGUUACCUUCCAUUGGACAGAUCAAAGGCUGGUCCCUCUUCCUCCUCCCCUCCGUUCUCUCCCCGCUUCUGUUCUCUGGAAACGGUAAUCGACCGAGCUCCUCCGACUUCUGGUUGCAGGUCGCACCGGGGGAGGAGGGCGGUUCUUCCUGGGACGACGCGCUGAGGAAGAGCACUCGGGAGUUCCAGCACAGAUCGUACAACCUCUUCACCUGCAACUGCCACUCCUUCGUCGCGAACAGUCUGAAUCAUCUCUCCUACGGCGGGCGCGAAGACUGGAAUCUGGUGAAUCUGGCGGCGUGGAUCUUCCUUGGCGGCCGCUGGGUGGACAGGGGAGCUCUCCUGAGAUCCCUUUCGCCGUUCCCCGUCUUGCUCCUCCUCGGAUUCCUGCUCAGCGGCUCCACCUUCAUGAUCGGGUGGCUUCUCUUCUCCCUUGCGCUCACCGGCUGGUUCUUGUUCGGUACGUAUUGCUCCAGGAACCUGAUCAAGCUCUAG